UCGGAUCGAACCAUUUUUUUCCUCCUCUCCCUUCAUCUCCUCUCUCUCUCUCUUUCUAGGGUUCGGAAAAAGCGCCUCUUUUCUCCUCUGGUGCGGGGCGAAAUGGAGAGGGAGAACCAUGUUUACUUGGCGAAGCUCGCGGAGCAAGCCGAGCGAUACGACGAAAUGGUUGAAAGCAUGAAGAAUGUAGCCAAGCUUGAUGUGGAGCUGACGGUAGAGGAGAGGAACCUCCUUUCGGUGGGUUACAAAAAUGUCAUUGGGGCCCGCCGAGCGUCUUGGCGUAUCAUGUCCUCUAUUGAACAGAAAGAAGAAUCAAAAGGGAAUGAACAAAAUGUUAAACUAAUCAAGGGUUACUGCCAGAAAGUGGAAGAGGAGCUUACCAAGAUAUGCAAUGAUAUCUUGUCCAUCAUUGAUCAGCAUCUGAUCCCCUCUUCCGGCUCUGGAGAAUCUACAGUUUUUUAUUAUAAGAUGAAGGGUGACUACUAUCGCUACCUGGCGGAGUUUAAGACUGAUCAAGAAAGGAAAGAGGCUGCUGAUCAAUCUUUGAAGGCCUAUCAGGCUGCCUCAAACACAGCCAACACCGAUCUGCCCCCGACCCAUCCUAUCCGACUUGGUCUCGCCCUCAACUUCUCUGUCUUCUAUUAUGAAAUCAUGAACUCCCCCGAGAGGGCUUGUCAUCUAGCAAAGCAAGCCUUUGAUGAGGCAAUUGCGGAGCUGGAUACCUUAAGCGAGGAGUCGUACAAGGAUAGCACUUUGAUCAUGCAGUUGCUGAGAGACAAUCUUACUCUCUGGACUUCUGAUUUGCCUGAGGAUGGAGGUGAGGAUGGAUACAAGGGUGGAGAAGAGGCUAAACCACCUGCUGAGCCUGAGAAGUGAGUGAGAUUCAUCUAAGCAUCACUCGGAAGCAUCUGGCGUCUUCAUUUCAGAAUCAAAAGUAGUUUGCAACUUCGUUCGGACAAUAUAGAUAUGCAACUAAUGCAUUAACUAUGGACAUGUAUUAAUCUAAGCUGGAUGCCCGUUUUCUCUUUGUCACAGAUAAUCACGGUGGGGAGGUGGCUUGCAUUUUGACCAACCUCCUCCCUCAUCCUAAUCUUUGUCCUUUUCUCUCUUUUGCUUUCUAUGGUUUGAGCGUUUUUAUACUAUAAAUGUGUGUUACCCCCUCGUUUUGUUU